UGUGAAUCAUUCUCUUUAACAGGUUGGAUGCAAAAUGGGUUGCACAUUUUGUGCAACUGGAAGUAUGGGAUUCAAGAGCAACCUCUCAACAGGAGAGAUUGUAGAGCAAUUAGUACAUUCUUCUCGAUUAUCACCCAUUCGCAAUGUUGUUUUCAUGGGAAUGGGAGAGCCAUUAAACAACUACAAUGGUUUAGUUGAAGUUAUUCGAGUAAUGACAACAUUCCCUUUUCAGCUUUCACCUAAGAAAAUUACUGUCGUAACGGUUCGAAUAAUUCAUGCAAUAAACAAGCUUUAUGGUGACUUACAAAAUAUAAACCUAGCAGUGUCUCUUCAUGCACCAAUUCAAGAUAUUAGGUGUCAAAUAAUGCCUGCAGCUCGCGCUUUUCCUUUAAAAAAACUUAUGAAUGCUUUAGCAGAAUAUCAAAAGAAAAGUCAACAAAAGAUUUUCAGUGAUUACAUAAUGCUAGAUGGUGUGAAUGACGAGGAGCAACAUGCCCACCAGCUUGGUAGAUUGCUUGACACAUUUGAAGUGGUGAGAAUGAGAUUCAAAUUUGUUUUUAGAGUAAAUUACAAUUUUGGUCCCUGAGUGUUGCUGUUUUUUUCAAUAUUGUUCCCAAGAACUUUUCUCUUGCAAUUUUUGUUCUUAUUUACAUGUAAUUCACAUAUGAAUCAUAUGUUAUUCACAUGUAAAUCACAUGUUAUUCACAUAUGAAUCACAUAUAAAUCACAUAUGAAUUAGAUGUGAUUCACAUGUAAAUCACAUGUUAUUCACAUGUGAAUCACAUGUAAUUCAUAUAUGAAUUACAUGUGAUUCACAUGUAAAUCACAUAUGAAUUACAUGUGAUUCACAUGUAAAUCAUAUAUGAAUUAGAUGUGAUUCACAUAUAAAUUACAUGUGAUUUACAUGUGAAGCACAU